AUGACGUACUUAGCAGAAACAGUUACUUUAAACAAUGGCGAAAAGAUGCCGCUAGUCGGCUUAGGUUGCUGGAAGAUGCCCAACGACGUUUGUGCCGACCAAAUUUACGAAGCCAUUAAGAUCGGAUAUCGUUUAUUCGAUGGUGCCCAAGAUUACGCCAACGAGAAAGAAGUUGGACAGGGUGUCAACAGAGCCAUCAAAGAAGGGCUUGUUAAGAGAGAGGAUUUAGUUGUUGUCUCCAAGCUAUGGAACAGUUUCCACCAUCCGGACAACGUACCUCGUGCUUUGGAAAGAACUCUUUCCGAUUUGCAAUUGGACUAUGUUGACAUAUUCUACAUCCAUUUCCCAUUGGCCUUCAAGCCUGUGCCAUUCGAUGAGAAGUAUCCUCCAGGUUUCUACACCGGUAAGGAAGACGAAGCUAAAGGUCACAUUGAAGAAGAACAAGUACCACUAUUGGACACUUGGAGGGCUUUAGAAAAACUAGUCGACCAAGGUAAGAUCAAGUCCUUGGGUAUUUCCAACUUUUCAGGUGCGUUGAUCCAAGAUUUGCUACGUGGUGCUCGUAUCAAGCCAGUUGCCCUACAAAUCGAGCAUCAUCCAUAUUUGACACAGGAAAGAUUGAUUAAAUACGUCAAGAAUGCCGGCAUUCAAGUGGUUGCCUACUCCUCGUUCGGUCCAGUGUCGUUCCUGGAAUUGGAAAACAAGAAAGCUCUUAACACCCCUACUUUGUUUGAGCAUGACACGAUUAAGUCUAUCGCUUCCAAGCACAAAGUCACUCCACAACAAGUUCUGUUGAGAUGGGCCACACAAAAUGGCAUUGCCAUCAUUCCAAAAUCAUCAAAGAAGGAAAGAUUGCUGGAUAACUUGAGGAUCAACGAUGCAUUGACUUUGACCGAUGAUGAAUUGAAGCAAAUUUCCGGCUUGAAUCAAAAUAUCAGAUUCAAUGACCCUUGGGAAUGGCUAGACAACGAAUUCCCAACUUUCAUCUAA